AUGAGGCGAUCGAGCGUAGAGGCAGAUGAGCGGGAGAGUAGCGAGGGAGCGAAGGACACAGGGAAGGACUCGCGAGAGUCAAGGGGCGGGGGCAGCAAGAUCGUCGUGAGCCCCAGCAGUAGCAAUGGCAGCGUCUCGACGAUUCGUACGCGCGCGAUGAAGAAGGCGGCCAGCUCGCGGCAGGGCCUGGUCGUAACGACCAAGGCCGGCCGCGAUGUGACAUCCUCGUCACCAUCAUCAGACGAACGCGAUCGCAAGGCCCCGCUCGACCGCACCACUUCGGGCCGCUUCGGUUGUAGCAUACAUCGCCACAAGGAGAAAGAAGGCGGCUCGGAUGGAUCCGACGAUGGAGACGACGCCCGUACGCCCAAGCGCCGCAGCAUCCAGCUCGACUUCAUUCACGACAAGGAGAAGGAGGACGGCGAGCGGGAGAGCCGGCGCAAGGAGAAGGGCGAGGGGGGCGAUCGAGAUCGUGAGAGAGAUCGCGAUCGCGACAGAGAGCGCAGCCGGCGAGGGCGAGACGGCGACAAGGACAAGGAGAGGACCCGCGACGGCGACAACAAGGACAAGGACAGCAGCAAGGACCGAGACAGGGACAAGGACGGCGAUCGACAGACGCUGCGCGAGAAGCUGACCGAGAGCGACGGCAAGCCGCAUCUGCGCGAGAGGCCGAGCGAGAGCGACAAGGAGCGCGUCUCGCGCGAUGGAGACUCCAACAAAGAUCGAGAGAGGGGCGACAAGGACAGAGAGAGCAAAGAUGGUGGCGGCGGCAGGACCAAAGAUGGCGACAAGGACAGCAAAGACAGCAAAGAUCGGGAGAGGACACGAGACGAGAAGGACAAGGACAAAGAUCGGAGCGAGAGGGGCGACAAGGACAGAGAGAAGGACAAGGACCGCCACAAGGACCGGGGCGAGAGGGGCGACAAGUCUGACGGCGGCAAAGAUCGAGAGAGAGCGCGCGAGAGCGACAAAGACCGCGAACGUUCGGCCAAGGACGGCGAUAAGGACAGAGAGAGGGACAAGGACAGGGACAAGGAGAAGGAGAAGGACGGCAAGGACAGCAAAGAUAGAGAGCGGACGAGGGAGGGCGAUAAGGAGAAGGAGAAGGACCGGGAGAGGCGGAAAGACAAGGACGGCGCGGGGCACCGUCGGGGUGGUGGCGAGAAGUCCAAGCGCGACAGGGACAGGGACAGGGACCGCGACAGCAGCAGAGAGGGCGGCAGAGAAAAGCGGGACAAGGGCGGGCGAAGAGACCGCGACAAGGAGAAGGUGCGGGAGCUUCUCGAUGCGCGUACGCGUGGGCUUGACAUCGACCUGCGCAAGCUGUCGCGCAGCGCCACCAUCAACUCGGCCUCGUCGGCCUCCAGCCGCAUGCCCAGCCGAAAGAAGGAGAGCAAGAGGCCCAAGCGCAGCGACUCGCCCAAGCGACGCGAGCAGCCGGGCAAGGUCGAGCGCGAGUACCGCAAGCGCGAGCGAGACCGGCGGCGGGCGGAGAAGGACCGGCGGCGGGCGGAGAAGGCCAGCCCUCGCGGAAGCGAGAUCUCUGAGGCCAAUCAGUUCGGUGACGAGUUCCGGGCCGACUUUGAGGAGGUCACGCGGCUCAUUCAGACGGGCCAGGCCGCGCGCGUGUCGAUCCACGAGGCGGCGUUCGAGGGCAACGUGAAGGCGAUGCGGUACCUCAUGUACCCGCUGAAGCGGCGCCACGAGCUGACGCGAUUGGUCAACAAGCGCGACGACGAGGGCACGACGCCGCUCCACCGGGCCGUGUCCAACGACCACUUCGAGGCGGCCAAGCUGCUGAUCGAACGCGGCGCCAACGUCAACUUUGUGAGCGAUGACGGAUCGGCGCCGCUGCUCCACGCGGCCUACUCGGGCGAGGGCACCUGCGUGAAGCUGCUCGUGACCUACGGAGCCGACGUGAACACGUUCGACAAGGAGCGCACCACGCCGCUGCAGAAGGCCUGCUUCGCCGGCAACCUCGAGUGCAUGGAGUACCUCGUUUCCAGGGGCGCCGCUCUCGAUUUUGCCGACGACGACGGGACGACACCGCUGCAUCACGCCGCGUCCCAGGGCCACCAGGAGGUGGUCAGGUCGCUGCUCUUCCUCCACGCAUCCCGGACGACCAGCGGCAGCAGCGGCGGCGGCGGCAAAGGCGGCUCGCCUGUGGACUGUCAGGACACGGAUGGGCUCACGCCGCUCCACAAGGCCGUGUUCGCCAACUUCCCGGGCUGCGUCGACCUCCUGCUCAUGCACGGGGCCGACCCCAACAUCGCCGACCAGGAGGGUCUCACGCCGCUGCACUUUGCCAGCGAGAAGAACCUCAUCGAAUGCGCCACCCUGCUGCUCGACCGGAGCAAGCGCACGCGGCCACCGCCUUCGCGGCCGCCACCGCCCACCCCAUCGGCGGCAGCGGCAGCCGCCGACGUCGCCACCGCGCUCGAGGCCAGCGGCGGUGAGGGCAGCACCAUCACCAACAACAACAACAAUAGCGACGGUAAGCCGAAGGAGGCUGAGAUAGCCAUGAAGGUGGCUGACCCGAAUGCAAGGGACAACGAUGGGCUCAGCGUGCUCCACCAUGCGUGCUACCACGGAUACAGCGAGCUCGUGAGCCUUCUCAUCUCCUACGGCGCCGACGUCAACGCCCGCGACAGCACAGGCUCGAACCCGCUGCAGUACAACGCGGCGUUCAACGGUUCCGAAGAGUGUACGGCUAUCUUGCUAGAGCACAACGCCGAGGUGAACACCGACGACGAGGACUCCACGUCCGCGCUCAUCCACGCCGCCUUCAACGGUCACUUGAAGUGCAUGGCGCUCCUGCUCGACAAGCAGGCCUUCGUGAACGCCAGAGACCCCGAGAAGGCGACGGCGCUCCACAAGGCCGCCUACAUGGGCCACAUGGAAUGUCUGGAGCUGUUGCUGGCCCGAGGCGCCGACCUCGCCAUCCAGGACAACGAAGGGUCUUAUCCGCUGCACAAGGCGGCGUACUCCAAUCGGACGGACUGUCUUGCGGCUUUGCUCAAGAGCGGUGCCUCGGUGGACUGUCAGGACUUCCACGAUGGGACGCCCCUGCACAACGCCGCCUUUGGCGGCCACGCCGAAUGCAUCGAGAUCCUGCUCGAGCACGGGGCCAACCCCAACUGUGUCGACGAUCAGGGGGUGUCGCCCCUGCACCUCGCCAUCAGCUCCGGCCACUUCCAGUGCGCCAAGCAGCUGCUCGAGAAGGGCGCCGACAUCAACCUCAGGGACGGGAAAGGCAUGCCGCCGCUGCACUAUGCCGUCAAGAGCCCAGAAUGCAUGCAGUUCUUGGUCGACCAGGGUGCGGAGGUGGAGUACUGCGACCACAAGGGGCGCUCUCCGCUUUGGCUGGCAGUCAAGGUCGAGAGCGAGGAGAGCGCGGGCAUACUCAUCAAGGCCGGCGCCAAUAUUGAAUCCGCUGACAACCGAGGGCGCAAGGUGGUGGACAUGGCCCGAGGCGCCAUCACCAAGGAGAUGCUGACCAAGAUGGCAGCGGAAAGACACCGAUAUCGAACCGUGCCCAGGGAUGAGCUCCAGGACAUUCAGCACAAGGCGGACAUGACCGAGGCGGCGCGCAAGUUCAAUGCCAAGCCAUCACUUGCAAUCGACUGGCUCCUGGAACGCAAGCUGCUUCAGCGCACGCCCGCGGACCUCGCUCGAUUCCUGCACACGACUCCCGGCCUCUCGAAGAUGAAGCUGGGCGAGCUGCUGUCGGCCAGCGAUAAGGAAAGCGUUGAGUUGCUCAAGGCCUACGCCGAACACUUCAAUUUCGAGAACAUGCACUUUGACCAGGCUCUUCGGCACUUCCUGGCCAAGUUCAAGAUGGCGGGCGAGGCGCAGAUCGUCGAUCGUUUCAUGACCCAUUUUGCCGAGCGAUUCUGCGCUUGCUGCCCCGACGUGUUCAAGUUUUCAGAAACGUGCUACAUGCUCGCGUUCGCGACGCUCAUGCUCAACACGGACGCCCACAACCCGCAAGUCAGGGACAAGAUGUCCAAAACGGCAUUCAUCGCCAACAACCGAAAGCUCACCGUGCAAGAAGAGAUACCCUCCGCCUUCCUCGAAGAAUUGUAUGAUAAGAUUGUGAAAAACGAAAUCAAGAUGGAAGUCGACGGUGUCAUGUUCGGUUCAGCGGAGAAGAAGGGAUGGCUCAUCAAGCAGGGCGGUCGCAUUCCCACGUGGAAGCGGCGAUACUUCAUUCUCACGCACAACUGCCUCUACUACUUCUUGAAGCCGGGCGACAAGGAACCGUGCGGCAUGGUGCCGUUGGAGAACCUGUCCGUGCGCAAGUCGGUCAAGCAAUCAAAGAAGUUCUGCUUCGAGAUCUACAACCCGGAGCUCGAGAAGAACAAGGACAAGCCCAAGAUCAAGUCCUGCAAAAAGACAAAAGAAGGCGAGGGCUUCCGGCAAGGUCAUCACAAGGAGUACAUGAUCUGCGCGUCCUCGCAGCUCGAGAUGGAUGAGUGGAUUGCCGCGAUUGAGAGCAAUGUUCACUCGUCGUCCAUGGACCGGCUGUUGAACCGGGAGAACUCAGAUGAUGAAGAGGAAGACUGA